AAAAUGUCAGCCCCCAGUACGAACGAUGUGCUUUUCAGUGAAGCAGUUAGUGGUUUGUUUAGAGGAUGGACAGCGUUACAGUUAGCAGUCAGUCAUGGUUUUGGUGGUGCAUAUUGUCAAGAAAAAGCAGAAUGGUUGGUUUAUGCAACAGAAACCUGGUUUAAUGAAAACUCAAAUAUAGAUCCAUUGGAGUGUGAAGAAUUUUUAGAAGAUGUGUUAAAUCACGAAUUUGAUUUAAUAGUUGAUGAUGGUUCACUUACAGAGAUUGCAAGAAAGAUCUGUGAUUUUUAUAAGUUAUGUAAAGAAAAAAGGUUUGAUGACAUUAAGCAAGAAAUACAAAAAUUUCCUGUUGCUCAAGUUCAAAACUGUCAAAAAGUUGAAAGUGAUGAUGAUUGUGAGGAGGAUGAAGAAAUAGAAGAUGAUUCAACUCAACCUAGUACCAGUCAGCCAUCAACAUUACCUUCUAACCAAACAGCAUCUCACUCACAUUCAGAUUUGAAUCAAAAUUUGAAUAAUAAUGAAAAUGCCAUGGAAACAGAAGAAGAUGAUGGUUGGACUGUUGUACGAAAAGGUGCUAAAAAUAGAUAGUAGUGUUUUUCAUGCUGAUAUUCUGUGUGAUGUGAUGUACUGAUGUGUAUUAGAUAUCAACUCUCCAACUGUUUAUUAAUAUCAAUUAGUACUGACUGAAACUUCAUUACAUAUUCGGUGUGUUGGUCUGUACUCAGUCAAGGGAGAUGAAUAUCAGUUGUGAUUGUGAUUAGAUAAAAUGUCAGUGAUUUCAGCGUUUGAACGGAUUCAGAAGUCUGAAAAUUGACAUGUGAUUUUUAAUACAGACUUUAGUGGAUUCUUGUUUUUAUACAUCUAGACCUACGAAAAGAUUCUUGAUUUUAUUUUGAGAUUAAUUGUGGUGUGAAAAAUGUCUGUGAAAAAUGCAGACUUGGAUCCUAGUCUAUUAGAUAUGUUUUCAAGCCAGUACUGUGGAUAAAAAACACCAAUUUCUCAUGAAGUUUUUUAUAGAAAGUGAUUUCAACAGGCCUUCAAAUGUUACGAAAUGAAAACUCACUGGAGCUUAAGAAAUCAGAGUACAAUCAAUAACAACCUAGAACAUGGACUUUGAUUUCUCAAAUUAGACUUAUUCACCAGCAUUAGCUGAACGACAUAUAUCUGGGUAAAUAUCACAGGAAUUACAGGAACCACAGGCGUCAGGGAGAAAAUUUGGAAUGUCCUAAAUAGUAGUUACAAAUGUCUGUUACACAUUAAAAGGCUAGAAAACCUC